CUUUUACAAGACCCAAAACCAAAGGUCAAAACAGUUGGCAAAUCUCAAGGCCAACACUUCCACUGAUUCCACUGAAGCUCGAUUCUUCAAGAACUCCCCCAAAAAACCUAAUUUUCUCCAUGAUUUGACGCUCCGAUUCUUCAAAUAUCUUUCUGGCUUCGCUUGUUUCUGUCGCAUUUUGUUUGGUGUUCUCUGGGUUUGUACUGUUUCUAGGUCACUCGCUCAUCUGAAAAUGGGGAGCAAGUGGAGGAAGAUGAAACUGGCUUUGGGUCUGAAUCUUUGCACGUAUCUCCCAAGAACCCUAGAGGAACCGCCAGCUGUUUGUUUGAAUUCCGCUGAGAGAUUGUCCGAUGUCGCUUUGCUGUCUCCGGCGAACUGGCCCAUGACUCCGACACCGUCUUCUUACGGUCUGAGGUUGUCCAGGAGUAGCAGCAAAUCUUCCAAGCAGACAUGUUCGAUAUGCUUGACUAAGAUGAGAGAAGGGGAAGGACAUGCGAUUUUCACAGCAGAAUGCUCACACUCUUUUCAUUUUCAAUGCAUCGCUUCGAAUGUGAAACAUGGCAAUCAUGUCUGUCCAGUCUGCAGAGCCAAGUGGAAAGAAAUACCCAUGCAGCAUCCCAUGUUGGAUCUUUCUUAUCUGUCUGAGCGACACCAUAAUGAUGCAGCCAUGAAUCUUGCCCGAAGCUUACCUCCCCCUCGUCGAGUUAUGAGUCGAGGUCAUGGUCCACAGAUACAAGCUUCAGAACCGGCUACAUUCAACGAUGAUGAACGGUUGGACCAGCAGCCCAUGAUUGCUGGGAAGAGCUCUAGCAAUAAUGAUGCUUUGGACAACAACCAUCCUGUAAGAAUGGUGGACAUGAAAGUAUAUCCAGAGGUCUCAGCUGUACCACGAGCAAAAUCCUUUGAGAAAUUCGAUGUAUUAGUGCAUCUCAAAGCUGCUGCCAUGGUUACUGGUCAAGCUGUCUCUCAAAACAAUCAGGUUUCUCAAUAUCCACGUGCCUCGGUUGAUCUAGUCACAGUACUAGACAUCAGUGGCAGUAUGGCAGGAACUAAGCUCGCGCUGCUAAAACGAGCAAUGGGUUUUGUGAUUCAAAACCUUGGGUCCAAUGAUAGGCUCUCGGUUAUUGCUUUCUCUUCUACUGCUCGUCGUCUCUUCCCGUUAACCCGGAUGUCUGACACCGGAAGACAGCAAGCACUUCAAGCAGUUAAUUCCUUGGUUGCGAAUGGUGGGACAAACAUAGCUGAAGGCCUUAGGAAAGGUGCCAAAGUUAUGGAAGAUAGAAGACACAAGAAUCCUGUUUCGAGCAUUAUCCUUUUAUCUGAUGGGAGAGACACCUAUACCAUGAACCAGCCUGAUCCCAACUACAAGUUGUUACUGCCCUUGUCUGUGCAUAGCAAGCGAUUUCAGAUCCCAGUUCACUCUUUUGGUUUUGGAUCAGAUCAUGAUGCAUCACUGAUGCAUUCUGUGUCUGAAUUCUCUGGUGGGACCUUCUCUUUCAUCGAAAGUGAAGCUGUGAUCCAGGAUGCUCUUGCACAGUGUAUUGGUGGACUUUUAAGUGUUGCAGUGCAAGAGUUACGGUUAGAGAUCGAUGUUGUGUGGCCAGAUGUUCGUCUUGGCUCAAUAAAAGCCGGGAGUUACUCCAGCCUCAUUAAUGGUGAUGGCCGGUCAGGCUCCAUUGACGUUGGUGAUCUUUAUGCUGAAGAAGAGAGGGAUUUCUUGGUCUCCAUCAACAUCCCUGCAGAGAAAGCUGGGAUUGACACACCGUUGCUGGCAUUGAGAUGUGUCUAUAAGGAUCCCUUGUCGAAGGAAACUGCAACACUCGAAAGCGAUGUCCUCAAAAUUCAAAGACCAGAAAAGGUCGGUGAAGAAGUAGUGUCCAUUGAAGUUGACAAGCAAAGAAACAGGUUCCUAGCUGCAGAGGCGAUGGCAAAGGCGAGAACUUUAGCAGAGCGCGGUGAUCUAACCACAGCUAUAUCCGUUCUCGAGGAUUCCAGACGGGUUUUGUCUGAAACGGUCGCAGCAAAAUCCCGCGACAGGUUCUGUGUUGCUCUGGACACCGAGCUGAAAGAAAUGCAGGAAAGAAUGAUGAGUAGGCACGUGUACGAAGCAUCGGGGAGAGCUUACAUCCUCUCAGGACUUAGCUCACACUCAUGGCAAAGAGCAACAGCAAGAGGGGAUUCUAUAGACGGGUCAAUCCUCGUUCAGUCGUAUCAGACUCCAUUGAUGGCUGAGAUGCUUCGACGGUCUCAGGCCAUGUUUCUGGGUAGUCCAUCAAAUCACAGACUCAUCCAACCCCUGUUGUCACUCGCUUCACAACCACAACCAAAACCAAGAUAAAUAACCAAAAUUUGGGGAUAAUCCGAUGUAAUCAACCUCUCUUUUUUUCCUGUUUGUGGAAAUGGAAGGGGAACUAAUGGAGGGUUCUCUGUAAAGAGGAUAGAGAAGCAGGGGAAAAGGAAGGAGAAAUGUGAAAUAGGUACAAGAGUCAGGUGGGUUCAGGCUUUUACAAUAUAUAGACGUUGAUUUUCCUGGCUUAUAUUUGCAUUUGGUGUUUUGAUGUAAUAAUAUGUAUAUAUGGAGAGGAAUUACUUCCUCGGUUGGGUAUACGUUUUUUUUUGUAACAAAAAUGAAAUUUGUAGUCCACUUGGUUUGUAACAAGUUGAAAAUAUAUUUUUGAACUCCUUGCUUA